GGGUCUCCCGACUGUGGUGGGGGCAGCGGUCCACUCCGCUUACAGCCGCGCUCUCUAUCUAUAUUCAUAUUAAUUUAUGUCCAUAGGCUCGAAGCGUCACGCGCUAUCCCCACUCGUGUUGCUCCGCACGUUCCCUCUCCACCGUUCGAUAAGCGCGCCUUCAACGUUUCAACCACCGCUUCCACCACCCGAGUGAAAUUCCAAGGCUCUCGAGAGCAAACGACCACGCUCCUCUCGCACGCCGAGAGCCACCGCCAAGGGACAGAAAUCGUAGCGCUCUCGUACCGCGAGGAGUCAGUCGAGCUCUGGCGCGCUUUGCGAGAGGUCGAACCUCCUUACGAACUUCGAGCGGUCAUACGGAGCCUGAGUUUGCCAAAAGAACAUUCUGUUUUUACGACGUUCGAAUAACCAACUUCGGAGUUUAACGAACGACCCGGAGCACGUCUCCCACUAUUAAAUCGUCGUUUCGAUCGAUCCCUGCGACGAUCGAUCACACACACACCUUGGAUUACAUUGACUUCAGUGUUGUUUUCUUCGUUAUUUUACUCGAUACUACAACACUUUUGGGUACACAGUGCUAACCCGGCACCCUCCACUGGAUUACACCUGUGAAGUGAACGUUUUUUUGAGUGACCGAGUGCCCUCGGUUUUACCUUCGGGAAAAAGCUCUCGCGCUUUUUCUACUUCGAUUUACAUUUUUUUCUGUGAUUAUUGUUGUUGAACUAUGGUGACCGGAGUUGGUGCUACGAUGCCGACCGGCGGGGUUACCGUCGGUGCAACCCCACCGGCUGCCCACGUGCCUCAAGAGGCUGGACAGCCACCUGCGCAAGCAACCACCAACAAUAAUUCCAACUCCACCGCGACGACGACCACCACGAGACGAUCGGGCGAAAAUCGACGGAGCAACAAACCAAUCAUGGAAAAAAGACGUCGAGCUCGAAUCAACAAUUGUCUCAAUGACUUGAAGACACUGAUCCUCGAUGCCAUGAAAAAAGACCCAGCUCGCCAUUCAAAAUUAGAGAAGGCGGACAUUCUGGAGAUGACAGUGAAGCAUUUGGAGACGUUGCAGCGUCAGCAAGUGGCGUUAGCAGCAGCGACAGAUCCGAACGUGUUGAACAAGUUCCGAGCGGGUUUUACGGAAUGCGCGAGUGAGGUCGGCAGAUUUCCGGGUUUGGAUGCAUCGGUGAAGCGCAGAUUGAUGGCACAUUUGGCAUCGUGUUUGGGUCCGGUCGAGAGUGGCAGCAGUAGUCAGAACGGUCAGACGACGACGGCGGCGGCGGCGGCGACGACGACGACGACGACGACGGCGAGUCAGCAGAUCGUGCAGCAGCCGGCUCAGUCGACGACGACGCAGCUCCAAGUGCACAUUCUGCCGCAGGUUGACGCGACGCCGCGGAUUCAAGUGCAACAAUCGAACGGUAUUUUCUUCACGAAUGCGAAUGGGACGGGACUUCAGUUGGUACCGACGAGGCUGCCGAACGGUGACAUCGCGCUGGUCUUACCUGCGGGUGCAAAGGCGACGCCAGUCGCUUCACCGUCGUCCUCGCCGGCCCCGACGUCCCCGCUGCCGACGCUGAUCCCGAUACCCCAGAGAACCGCGUCGACGGCGUCGGCCUCUUCGUCGGCGAGUUCGAGCGCCAGCUCGACUUCGACAUCGGCCGCGAGUCCAAUCGCCUUCGAAGCGCCACCGGCAGCAUUCCGCGAGCAAACAACCGUUUACACGACGACGACGAGCCAUCGAGACGUCGCGACGUCCCCGGCGAACGGCUACACGAGCGACCCCGAAUUCGACCCGAGAAUUUACAGCCCACCGUUGCAAAAACCCCUCGCUCUCGUAAUGAGGAAAAGCGUCAUGCCCGAAAUCGAGGGCAAGCCUUGGAGACCGUGGUAAACAAAAACAAGAAAAACACUUUUUUCUCGUCUCGAUGAAACGAGAAUUUGAGCAAAAAAGCGUCCCCGAUACUCGUGCGGGUGAAUAAGUGCAGCUUUUCGUAAAACUUCCAAGAGAGUACCGACGAGACACUUCCGAGGUGCGUGUCUCUCAACAUUGCUGGGGAAUCGUGCUGUAAAUGCAGCCAAACCUCAAAGCUUCCUGUUUUUCCGAGCAGCCCGGCCAGUAACGUCCCCAGGGCUGUGCCUUCGAACAGUGCCUUUGUAAAUAUAUUCGGCGUCGUUACGUUUUCUCUCUUCCUCCGUUAUCGAGACUAGAAAACGACUCUUACACUUUGAAGAGGGGAAAAAACGAGAGGAAAGUUCACAAGUCGAAUUCGCUAUUUUCCAUGCGAUCCACCGACCUUUUCCCCCCUCCGAAUCGUUCCUUUGUACAUAUACGAUGAAGCAUUAAGGACGUGAAUGUAAAUGUGCAUAUAGAAACAAAAAUAUAUAAAUUCAUAUAUUUUUAUUUUAAGUGCCUUACGCAACAAGAAUCACCGAGGUCUUCCAUUUUUUCUUGUAACGUAACAAAAAACGAUAAUUCAACGAUCCUCGAUUUACUCUGAGCGUAUAAAUGCGAAUAUGCGAAAUUAAGUAAACGAGAUUUCGUUGAGUUUUCAUCGAUACGGUAUUAGCUUGUAAUUUAUAGUUAUUAAGUGAUACGAAUGUUGGCAAGAGUGUGAUAAAACCCAGAGCCUACCAAGAAGUGAAGAGAAAGAGAAUGAGAGAAAAAUAAAUAAUUAAAAAGAGUGUCCUAUUUAUAUUUAUGAAUGCAAAGAUUGAGUUUAUUAUUCCUCUCUAUUGUGAAAAAUAGAAACGAAAAACAACCACGCUUACUACUAUAGGAGCAUCAAAAUAAACAUUGAUCUCUUUAUUGAAACUUAAA